CUGGCAACGCGACCGUGUGUCCUGUUGUUCUUUCUUUGUCAGAUCGUUGCAACACAACUCUUCUCUCCUUCACGUCAAUCACCAAAUCAAUACCUGGUUGCGCGAUUGAUUACGAGCCAACAAUGCAGAUCGGCGCCGCUCGCGAACUUCACGACCUUGUGUGCCAGACACGUGUGUCGACUGCUCCUUCCAUUGCCAAUUGGCUGCAGCAUCAAUUACAAUUGAACAAACGGUCUCUACUCGAUCUGUUGGACGACCUCCCGAAAAAUGCGCAGGACCGUAAAACGCUUCAAGAAGGUCGUGCCAACAUCAAUAACACGAUACACAAGGUCAACGACGAAUUUAUAAAAGAAGCAUUGUUUGUAUCAGAUCAACUCGGUUUGAACGAACACGUUGCAGCAAGCUUGCUACUAGCUGGUGUCGCAGCUGCUCCUCGCACAAACAGUACAACGAUCGAUGCCGCCAUUACAGCCUACCAUGUGGAACGAGGCUAUUUAUUAGCGUGCCUUGACAUCAUAUUAAAGUCGGCAAAGGAUGCGUCGGUUAGACAAGAUAUUCGACUGGUAUUUCGACAGUUCGCAGCCGAACUUGUACGCGAACGCGUCUCUGCUGAAGGAGCUAUGGGCACGUUUCCUACGAAACUUGUAAAAACAUUAAAAAAGGUCACCGCAACACAUAACACUUUGACAACCACAGGAUCGAUCCCGCAACAGCAGCAACAGCAACAACCUCAACCACAGCUACAGCAACAACACCAACCUUUCCAGUUAAACCAGCAACAGCAACAACAGCAACCACAGACGCCACAGCCAAGUAAAGAGCAGCAGGGUACAACAGUGUCGUCAGGACGGCUGGGAGAGCAAAUCACCAGUUUCCGGCUAGAGCGUUUGAUGGAUGAGCGGCUUGGUGUUGCCCAGAUUCUAUAUCACAUCACAUCCUUGUUUUGGCUGGAACCCGAUGAUGUGCUGCUACUCAACGACACACUACAACUUUCUGAACUGUCGGAUAUCGCCAUUCCUUACAUGUUGCUUGCCUUGGUCGCCGCACUGUCUGCCACAAACCAUACCGACAGCGAUCCUCCAGCACUCUACAACAAUGUCGAUUUCAUGAGAAAGUUUCACGACCGCAUGCUCAAGAAAUCAUGGAAGGUGCCGGCCGUCAAAGCAGUAGCAAUGGUACAGUGGAUUUUGUUCCAGUACAACGCGGUGCAGAUGGACCGGACUAUCGAGCAAAGGUUACCGGACAAGUUGGACAACCUCGACAAGCUCAUCUACGAAGCAAUCACAAGCAAGGCAUUCGAGUUUAUGAACGAAUACAUGUUAUACUUCCAGCAGAAGAACGCAAGCAUCGACACGGAUCGCGGACUCUUCAAGCUGUCCCUGUAUGACGACAAGGAUGUCACGACCGUUGAUCCCAGCGACUUUACAAAGUUCAACGCCGACAUUCGACUCGAUUUCCAAAUGUUUGUUGUUCAUGAAUUGGAGCAACUCACAAGCGAUUUUAUCCUGCACCUGCAACAUAUCCUGCGCAAACUCAAGUACAGGGAGGAAGACACGGGUAUGCCUGUACAGCAGACGCCGAUAUCGUCAAGAAGUGCUAUCACCACUGGCGAGGACGACAGCAACAAAUGCCGCGAUCUGGAGAGAUUCAUGGAUCUUCUGGCGAGCAUCUACCGUGGACGGAUCAACGCUGGAUGGCAGUUUUGGUUACGGUCUGACAGCCAUCUCGCGUCAUUUUUGAAGUGGUUGGUGGAGGUUCGACAGUCUGGCACUGUUCGUGCAACAUACAAUUUCCUGGCUUCGAUUUCCAUGGGCGAUGUCUGUGCACCGCGCGCAUUCCAGGAACUUAGCUCGGGUACCAAUCGCACCGACCUUAGCUCAAGCAGCCUGUUUUCAUGGGGAAAGCUCUUUGCUGCCCUCCAAUACUAUGCUCCGCUCUUGAGCAAGCCCGGCGAAGAAGUUCCUCCUGCACUGCCUGACAACGAAGAGGAAUUACUUGUCACGUUCUUACUGUUGCUGCAGCAAGUUGUACAGUACUCGACCGACGCACGACAGACUCUUUGGAUCGACUCACUUUUACGCGCACCUGAUUCCAUCGUCGGCAUGUUGAGCAGCCGCACAUCAUUCGGACUACGAGCUGCACUCUAUGGCGUUCUAGCUGCAUUCUGCUCGCCCUGGGGUGGAGGUGUUAUCAACUCACUCGGACGGACGAUUUCAGAACAAAUGUGGGACAUCCUGGAAAAUAGCGAAUUCUUUGUCACGAAGCGCCAACUGAGCAACCAACAACAACAACAACAGCAGCAGCAGGACGGCUUCUUGCAAAGUAAGAAUCAACCCAAGUCGACGCAGUAUCUGCCAGGAAAGCAGCCCAGUUUCCUGCGUGAAUUGGCACUCGAGCGUGCAAGCAAGGACUACAAGGAAACACUCGCAGUGGUUAAGCUACUGGGAUCUGCCAUCCACACUAUAUCGCGACGCGAGGAGCUUAUUGGCGGGUUUCAACCCAUUAUCUCAUCUGUACCAUGGACCCUGGGCAAGAACAACCGAACUCCCGGUGCCGAACCCUACGUCUCCUUGGUGAUUGACGACAUCUUCGUUGCCCUGGAUUCUCAAGAAUAUCUGUAUCCUGGUGCCAAGUGGGAGCUAGCCGAGGCCUGUCUCAAGGUGUUUGAAAACAGCAUCCUUUCAUUUGAUCUACGACAGCUUCGACAGGUUCUCGCUGUGUCCAGCCGUAAAGCACAGAGCCAAGCAGCCAGCUACAGCCUCGCGCUCCUAGGUCAUCACAGUGUUGGACAAUCCGCAGCUGAUAUGCUUGAACCAUUGCUGCUCAUGUAUUUGGGUCAUCCUGGUUUCACAGUGAUCGUACGUUUGCUGUCUGGACACGCAUUUGCGAACGCCAUUUUCAAGAUCAUCCAAGAAGGCUAUAAUGGUAUUGUCACGAAAAAGGAAAAAUCGCCGUUCUUUGUGCAGUGUGUGGCUAGCAGCUUGCGCAUCAUCAACCGCGUACUGGAGCUUCAAGAUAGCUUCUGCAACCUCUUAAUACCCAAUAUCACUGGCCUAUCCAGCAGAAUGUCCUCUUCACAGUUCAAGCUCGGUGGUCAUUUGUUCCCGCCUCUCCCGUCACUGGCGCCGUUCGGUCAACUGAUGCUCGUCAAUGCAAAUGCCAUUGUACAGGUCGCGCAGCUCGUCAACUGUGAGGAUCAAGAAGAAAUUUGCUAUCUGAGCACCAAGAUUCUGCAAGCCUUGUCAUUGGAACCUCAUGAUAGCAAUAUCGCAUCAAGCAAUAGCGGUAUCCAGGCGGCUAUGGGUGGUAUCGGUGUUAAAUUGACCAACGUACUUCGUGGAUGCAAGGACGAGUCUCUCAUCUUGUAUGGAUUCAGUGAGCGCUUGGGUAUUGACGAUGCAGAAGUAACAACGGCCGAGGACUACGAAUACGAUAUCAACAAUAUCCCGUUCUGGAUGGCAGAAAAGACGCUGGCGAACAAGUAUGCAUUCGAGACCGAUUUCCGACCAACCCUGUCGUCGUCAGUGCGUCUUGCCAUCGUUGACUUGCUGCUAAAGAACUCUGCCCUGGAAAAGCCAUCGCCCACACUCGCGAACUUUUUGCUCGGCUACACCGGUCCUGCAUGGCAAUCCAGCAACAGCUUGCAGGGCUUAUACAAUGACGAGUCCGUGCGCAUUUGUUUGCAUACCAUUCUGGAUAUGAUGAACCGGGGCAUUACAGACGAUAGCGACCAGGAGGACAAGCCGCUGAUUGCAACGCAUCCAGUUCUGGCAGAAAAAUGCUAUAAACUCAUCUAUCUGCUUUGUGCCAAGGUAUCCACGUCGUCGGUCACCAUGCGCUAUCUUCAAGACAAGGAUGAUUUCUUCUACAACCAUCUGCGAGCUUUGCCAGCGCGCUUCGAGAGCUAUUCCGAUGCCUACAGCCCCGUGUUCCCCGGUAAUAUGGCUUGCACGGACAAUACUGUUUUUGAAGCGGAUUUCUUUGUUGUAUUGUCGCAGCUGCAUCAGCGCGCCUGGCUGUUGAAGACGAUCGCUCUAGAGCUCCACGUUCUGGCAGGCAGCGGUCAAAAGAGCAACGUACGACGGAUUUUGGACGUUUUGUACGGUACAGCACGAAUCAACAACAAUAACGACGGCACGAUGGACGUGGAUAAUGAGCUCAUGUUCAACUCUCGUCGCUUUGAACAGCCACUUGUCAAGAUGCUCGAGAUUGUCAGCUCGUUGGACUUCGGUUGGGAAGACUCACUGAAAACAAUCAAAGACGAGGAGCUCCAGUUCUUUGCCGGAUUUGAUCCUAGUGUCUUUAUCAUUGAAAACGAGCGUGAUUGUGCCGUGUACGACAUCCGAGCCGUGUAUCAGAUUCUGCGUCAAGACCAAGCAAACAAGCGACAGGCUGGCAUGCUUGCAAACGACGAAGACAAUAUCGCGUUGGAGAAGGAAAUGGGACGGAUACUUGAAGCCUUGGUGGCCGACAACCACAAGCGCGAAAUCGCCAACGGUAAAGUUCACUGUUUGCGUGCCUGGAAGCAGGUCGUUCAAGUGACCUUAUCCGAGUGCUUUGACAAUUUCCCAUUCGAAACCCGUGAAAAGAUUAUAUAUGAUCUGUUGUCGGCCUUGUUACCCAAGAUGAAGAAGGCUGCUGGAGCAGACGUGCAUUUCCUCAAGGGAUUCAGCGAGGUAAUCCUGACACUGUUGACCCGCCUACGCGAGGACAAGCUUCGCCAAGAGGUUCUUGCAGCAAACCCUACGGCCAGCGUUGAAUCCACACGACUUCCUGACGAGAAACUGCGGUUCAUUUUCAACGGUAUUCUGGCGUGCACUCAAGAGGAAGGCACAACGAUUGCAGUACGAGGUGACAUGUACACUGCUCUUGUUAACUUUUUACGCUAUGUGGAUCACAGCAAGAACGAAUUUGGAGCAACCAUCCAAAAGCGACCCUACAGCGACAUCCAAAAACAGUUUAUUGACACGAUUUCUGUCAACGAUAAGUUCUUGGAUAUGCUUUGCACCGAUGCCACCGAUGGACUGAGUAUAUGGAAAACGACGGCCUAUGUUGCUGUGGACGCCCUUUAUGUCUUGUCAAGCCAGAUGCGUAACGAUGCUAUCUUGUCGUUCUUUGUCAAAAAGAACUUUUUACGCUACAGCAUUGAUAUGCUUCGACGUGAAGACGUUAAAUUGCUCAACUUUUUGGAGCAGCCUGAUGUGCCUAGAGAUGACAUUUAUAUUUAUGAGACCAAAAUGUCACUUUUCCUGCGGCUUGCUUUGUCCAAGGAAGGCUCCAAAUUGCUGGUUGAGAACCGGAUCAUCGAAGUGUUGAACCAUUGUCAGUUCAUCAAUGCACGACCUGAACAAAACCUUUUGCGUGCCGGUCGGGCCUAUGUGGAAUCAGACUUCAAUAACCGCUACGAACAAUUGCUGAUGCCAGUCCUCAAGCUUAUUUCCGCACUGUUGUGCACAUUGGGCCACGUUAACGUUAUCGAUAAGGUCGAAACAUGGACACGAAAGCAGCAAGAGGCAUUGUUGUAUAUUUUGACUGAUAACCAACAAGUAACCAUCUCAUCGCUUACGCAGCUCAAGCUUGUCACUUCGAUCCUCUAUCACUUGAGCUGUCGACAAGGAUUCUUCGAUGACUUGGUUACUCGAGGAUUGAACCAACUUCAUACUGCCAUGAUCCACUUGAUUGCCAAAUAUUUAAUCCCGCAAAAGCUGGCGUCGCAGGUGGUCCCAGUGACCGAAGAAGAAAUAAACUUGGCCGAAAAACAGGUCUUUGUAUGUAGCCAACGGAGGUCAAUCUGCAUUAUCAGCAAAGGCGGAGGAGCUUGUAUUUUCGAUACAAAUGAAUUUGGCAGCAUACGCUCAAAACGCAGCAUUUAUCUCUGACGAACGAGGCAACAAUGUCUUCAAACCUGUUUUCAGCAACACGCUGACCUCCGCAACCGAUAGUGGUGCUCUGUCAUUACGUCAUGUUUCCUUGAAAACGCCAUCGUUAUCGACGCUUGCUGCAUGCAUACGUCAAACUGUACAGACGUUGCACAACAGUGUAAAUGAGCACAACUUAUUACUGUCGCAAGAAAGAAAUGUUGCGUC